CCGCAUCACACACGGCUGUCAAUAUGCGUGUUUUGUGGGGUGGAUUUAUCAUACAGUGCAAUGCAGUUUAGAACUACGGUUCCCUUUUGCACGGUAGAAUCGGGCUUGUAGGCUCAGAGAGCUAUAUUAAAAUUACUAAACAUGGCAUCGGACAGAAUUUGCCAUUCCUUCGCACCAUCACAAAUCAGUUGAGUUCGGAACAUAGAUGUAAAUUGCAGCCUGGAGAAAGGCAGCCAUGGACCUGUUCAGCCAGCUGAUCCUAGUCAUCUUGGUCACCAGUUGCCUCUCCUUCCAGUGGCUCUUCCACCGGGUCAGUCCCUGGGUCUCCCCCCGUGCCAGUCCUGGCUUCCUACGCCUGGCAGACCAGCAGAAGGUGGAGUGGAACUCAAGGACGGUGUCCACACUUCAUGCCCUGGUGGUGGGGCUCUUUUGCCUCUACAUCCUGCUGUUUGACGACGCCGUCAAUGAAGACCCUGUCUGGGGAGAUCCCACACUUGUGAAGAUAAAUGUUGGCAUGACAACAGGCUACCUCAUAUCUGAUCUGCUGUUAAUAUUUUACUAUUGGAAGGCGAUAGGUGACAAGUUUUUUGUCAUUCACCACCUAGCAGCGCUGUAUGCUUACUACUAUGUACUGAGACAAGGAAUGUUGCCUUAUUUUGCUAACUUCCGUCUGCUUGCCGAGUUCUCCACGCCGUGUGUGAACCAGCGGUGGUUCUUUGAAGUGUUAGGUUACCCCAAGUCCUCCAGGCCCAACAUUGCUAACGGGAUGGCUAUGGCCCUGGUCUUCUUCCUGGUUCGCAUCGCCGUCAUGCCUCUCUACUACAGCCGCAUGUGGUCCGUGUACGGUACCGAAGCCUUCUACCGCGUCCCGCUGGAAGGCCGCGCUGCCUGGAUCAUCUCCAGCGUCUCGCUGGAUGUCAUGAACGUCAUGUGGAUGCACAAGAUCGCCCGCGGCUGCUACAAGGUUAUGUGCUCGGCCCGACGGCACAAAGUGGAGACACAAGAGAAUGGAAAGACUGACUAAGAAGCAAGAGGAUGGUUGAUGUAAUGGGUAGGGGGAACCCAUUGAACCACUGUCCUCUUUUUAGUGCACAAUUGGAUUAGUACCUGACUAGGACUGUUUCAGGGUCAAUUAACUCACACCAAAAGCCAAGUUUCACACUGACUGAAUUUUAUGGUGGUGGACGCAGGACAUUUCUAGUUUCCCUUUUGAGAUUGGAGCAUUGAGCUGGAUGUAGGCAAAGAGAGAAUAACUGGGGCGGUGGUUGGUGAAACUAUUAGCAACACUUUCUGUGCAUGGCCAAUUUUUUUUCUCUGUGUUUUAUCACAAAACAGCAUGUCUGGGAUGACGUAUCAGUUUUUCACCAAGUCAAACGUUUACUGCUUGUUCCAGACUAUAGACUCAAUGUGUGAUGCUCAUGUGCUCCCCAAAGUAACCUGAAGCCCCUCACUUCAUUUUGCUCUUUUUGAUAUUCUGGUUGUCUGAAUCCCAGAGGUUAUAUAUUUACAUUUUGAGGAAUUCAUUAUUGUGAGUACAAAUAAAAUUACAGGUUUUUUUUAACUGUUUUUUUGGGACCCAACCAACCCAAAUAACCCAACCAACCCAAAUAACCCAUGCAGGAAAUGUUUUAGUAAUGGUCCGUGUCAUUAAAAAGCUGCUGUCUGCUGAGGCAGGGCAGGGUGUAGCAUCUUUCUCUUUAAACCCAAACUGACUGUCUGUCAGAAGACUGGAUGAACAUCUAGUGCAGAGGAGUGAGUUCAGCUGAAAGACACCUCUCAGGGAGACACUCUGAUACAGAGACAGACCCCUGGCUCAAAGAGGACAGACCCCUGGCUCAACGAAGACAGACCCCUGGCUCAAAGAGGACAGACCCCUGGCUCAAAGAGGACAGACCCCUGGCUCAAAGAAGACAGACCCCUGGUUCAAAGAAGACAGACCCCUG